AUGGGCAUUGAAAGCAUUAAACUUGAAUUGGGGGAUGCUUCAAAAGAUAGAGUCAACCAACUUAAUACAUUAGAAGAGUUCCGGCUGCGAGUGUAUGAGAGUUCGGCCCUUUACAAGGAGAAAAUGAAGAAGUGGCAUGAUGCCAAAAUCCUUCAGCGAGAGUUUAAAGUUGGCGAUCUUGUCUUGCUUUAUAACUCCUAUUUGAGACUUUUCCCGGGUAAACUCAAGUCGAAGUGGUCAGGCCUAUUCAAAGUGACUCGAGUGCUUACAAAUGGGGCAAUUGAAGAUGAAAGCAAAGAAGGAUCGGCAUUCAAAGUAAAUGGGAAACGCUUGAAGCUCUACUUUGGAUAA